ACGGCGAAAGGGACCCAGCUCCCAGCCGGUGACAGCAGCGGAAGAACGACAGAUUGCGUGUGGAUCCCAUCGUUGUGGUGUCUAGCGGAGGACGAAACCAGUCACGGCAUGCGUUCACUGCUUAUGAGCCUGUUGGUACCACUGCUUGCGACAUCACUAGCCCUGACGCAAUCUGUAGAAGAGCCACCAACAACCCAGCGCCCAGAUUUGUGCAGAGAAAGCGAACUGCUGGAGGCACGCACAUUGCUACGCAAUGCCGUGGCCAGGGUGGGCACUACCCUACCCGAGAGCAUUCCUGUGGCCAGCGUAUCUUCGUCCGCCUACACGCUGUACAACGGCACACUUGCGCCGCUAAUUCUUACCGACGUCAACGUGACUGCGCAGCAUGCCGUAUGUCGGGAUGACGCACGGCACUUCCCAUUCGUCAUCGGUGUCGGCACGGAUGGGACGAUGAAAGGCAUUUUCCACUACCACAGCCCCGGCAACAACGUGACAACACCCGAGGGACGCGGCCGAGUGACGGUGACAUUUUCCGGUGUCUCAUUCAACGGCAAGCUCAGUCAGCAUCUGGUUGGCGGAAACGGAAGUACUGGCGUCGGCAGUAGUUCCACCUCGCAAGCACCAAUGUGGAGCGUUGGUGUGGCCCUGGAAUCGUACCCUUCCUUCUCGGGCAUAGCCACGAGCCCACAGAACUCUCAAGUUAGCGGUCUACCUUACUUCGACAUGAUGCAGGCUGCUGACCGCAGUUUCGUGCCCGUGUUUGCAAAGCUACCCGAAACGCACGUGCUCCCCGCUCUGAAGGAGGCACUCGGAGCGGAGUAGUUGUGAAUGUCGUGGGAGCCUCCAGCAAGACUUCAGUGUUAUGGGUUGUCUCAAUAAACACUGCCUGUAUUACGGUUUGA